AUGCAGAAAUCUAAGCCUGCCCAUCGUUUUGAGGAAGACCGGGACAAAGUCAGGUUUUUCAAACAACGAGCAAAGCGGGCCCGCUACGACUUGUCAAGGUUUGAGCCGGCAAUCCGUGAGAUAAUGGAAAAGUCAAUCCAGGGAACCCUACACCGAGGUCUCUACCCUUUCGUGGAUGAGCCGUCGGGGAGAAGCGCUGUCGAAGAACCAGUGCGGGCAAAGCGAGAAACUUCCGUCAUUGGGCGUUCGACAGAGUGGACCUGGGAUUCUGCUUUACCGGAGGUUGUGCAGAAGCCGCAGAGCUCUGUUAAUGCCCUUGAGAAAUCAAAAAAACGCCUGGUAGUUUUCGUUUUGGGCGGAAUCUUACAGUCCGAAAUGAGAUGCGCGUAUGAAGUAUCGAAAGAGCUUAACUGCGAAAUCUUUAUUGGCGGCACAAGCAUUCUUACACCCAGUCAGGUCCUAAAACAGCUGAAGGAGCAAUCAUCCAUGAACUAA